UCUCUCUCUCUCUCUCUCGCUCGCUCUGUGUCAAUGGCUACCAUUAGUAGCUUACACAUGUGUGCAUCCGAUCAUCACUCCCGUCUUCCUCGAAUCUGUGAGACAGAUCAACCACGAGCCACAAACCAAAUCGUCACCUUUUCGUCUCCUAUUUCCAGAAGAGACGCGAAUCUUGUACUCCUCGGCUCGCUUCCGUUGACGAGCUUCGUCGUUCUACCGCCGAGUUCAUCGGAGGCGAGAGAGAGACGGAGCAGAAAAGUUAUCCCUCUCGAGGAGUAUUCCACUAGCCCUGAAGGGUUGAAGUACUAUGACAUUGAGGAAGGCAAAGGUCCAGUAGCCACAAUAGGAUCUACUGCUCAGGUGCAUUUUGAUUGCCGGUACAGAAGCAUAACUGCAAUCUCCACCAGAGAGUCCAAGCUCUUGGCUGGGAACCGUAGUAUUGCUCAGCCUUAUGAGUUCAAGGUGGGAUCUACGCCAGGGAAGGAAAGGAAACGAGAGUUUGUGGAUAAUCCAAACGGGUUGUUCUCUGCGCAGGCUGCACCAAAGCCUCCUCCAGCAAUGUAUUUCAUAACUGAAGGAAUGAAAGUCGGUGGCAAGAGAACUGUGAUUGUUACUCCUGAAGCUGGUUAUGGUCAGAAAGGAAUGAACGAGAUACCGGUGAGAACCUACAAAUUGUACAUGAGCCUGGAGCUACAUUUGAGUUAAACAUAGAGCUGCUUCAGGUGACUCCCCCUGAAGAGAAAGAGAAGUGAACAAGAUUCUUCUGAUAAGAGAAGCUUGAAGUUUUCACAAGCAUGACCCAACAUUUGUUUUAAGAAGAUACAUUAGAGAAGAGAAACUAGAGAGAGGAAAAAAAAGAAUGUAAAUUUUCGACUCCGGUACACUAAAUAACCGGUAUUGUUUGUUGGAAUAGAAUCUGUUAAAACUUAAAA